GUCAACUGAAUCAACACCAUGCUGUCCGUGCUCCUAAACCUUGUGUCUAUUGGCUUCUUCCUACUCCUGACUCCGUUGGCAAAACUAGGAAUCUACAGGAAGCCUUUUCUUUUGGCCCUACCAACUCCCCUGGUAAAAUUAGGAAAGAAGGUGACACUGAAGUGCCAUUCAGAGAUCAUGUUUGACACUUUCACUUUGACUUCACAUAGAAUGGGAGUAAUCAAGGACUCUUUCCAGCUGUCAGCAGAAUCUCAUCUUGGGGGAUCCCAUGCCAACUUCCCAAUAGGUCCUGUGACACCUGACCAUGCUGGGACUUACGCAUGCUAUGGUUCUUACAAGCAAACACCAUAUGAGUGGUCUGAAUCCAGUGACUCUGUUGACAUAAAGAUCACAGGUUUAUACAAGAAACCUACUCUGUCAGCCAUGAUGGGCCCUGUGGUGGUGCCAGGAGAGAACAUGACCUUGUCCUGCACCUCUGACCACCAUUUUGACAUGUUCCAUCUGUCCAGGAAAGGGGUGCCUCAGGUACUUGGACUGCCUGCAGUUCAGAGUCACAAUGGAACAUUCCAGGCCAACUUCCUUCUUGAUCCUGUGAUAGAGGAAGAGAACUAUAGAUGCUAUGGCUCUUUCAGGAACUCCUGCAAUAUGUGGUCAUCCCCAAGUGACCCAUUUUACCUUCCUGUAAUAGCAGAUAAUCACGGACUCCUGCAUAUUCUGAUUAGAGUGUCAUUUUUGAUGAUGGCUGUCUUCCUCAUGUUCAUCAUUCAUUCUCGGUGCUCUGCCAAAAGGAAUAAGGAUCGGGAAGGAGUCAGUGAGUGUCAUCUGAGUAGCAUGAGAAACUGA